CUGCCAUCCUGUAUCAAUCCUGCGCAUCCUGCUUGUCAAAGUGUUCUUAACAUCAAAAUUCAUUGCUCUCAACUCCCGCAAUGUUGACCACUUGUGCUGGGGCUCGACCUGCCGAUUUCCACCUGCGAUUGGGGUGUCCGGCGCCGUCUCCUGGCUGGCAUGCCACGUCCAUGCUUGCCGGGAUGGCAGUGGCGAGCACUUGGCCCAAACUGCGCCAGUCGUGCCGGUUGCGCCGAUCGGUUGGUGUUCCAGUUCGGACAGUUCGGAGGUGCGGGUCCGAAACGCAGAUGGAAGCAGUUCUUGCAGCGCUACACCCUGCCUUGGCAGCAGCAGUGAGGAAGGCCAUUUGCAACACGCCGGAGGCUGAAACUCUUUUGGUUGGAUCCAAGGAAGAGAUUGGAGGUGUCAAGGGAGUGUCGCUUCGGCAGCCUGAUGAUGUACCCCAAUUAUUGAGGGAGCUUCCUCAUGACUGCUACGACCUUGUUGUUGAGGUCCAAUCUGAGGAAGUCAGUAGUGCGACCUGGGAAGCCGUGCAAAAUCGCUUUUAUCCUCUGGGGGGCCACUCCUUCAGUCUUGCAAAUGAUUUCAUCAUAAAUCUGGCGUCUAUCUCCAAGGUGCUUCGAAAUGGAGGCAAGUUCAUCUUUUUGUCAAUGGCAAGAAAUGAGGAUGAAGUUUUGCCAUUCUCAUUCCUGAACUUACCACACUUGAGGUGGCAGGUGCAUGUUGAAGCGAGUAGUAGCAAAGGUGCUGGGGCAACCGUGUCAGUUGUUUGUUGCACAAUGGAUGCGGAUGCAACUUCGAAGAGCCUCAAGCUUACCCCCAGAGUCAUUGCAGAGCAAUGUACAGAUGAAAUUUCCAGAAGGAGAUACUUUGAAGCCUUAAGACCAUUCAUGAAAAGAGAGGAUGGCAAGACACCUCGAAUUUUGGAUUACGGAUGUGGUGAUGGCUCCCUCAUGUCCUGGGCAGUAGAUCCACGAGUCCAGAGGGAAGAUGGCCCCCGUGACAUCACCCUGGUUGAGGCCAACCUGGAGUUGGCGGCCAGGGCUCAGUCCAAACUACCAAAUGCAGAAGUUAUACAUGUUGCAGAUGUUGAUGAGAGUGAACCUUGGCCCUUUGUUGAUCUUCAGUUUGAUGUGGUGGUCCUUGCUUUCGUUCUGCAUCACGUACCAAUGUCUGCCAGAGCAGCUCUGUUGGCAGAGGCCCUGCGAGUGGGACACCAGGUGUUGGUCUUGGAAGACCUACCAGAUGAAGCGCUGUCUGCUAAUGCCAGGCGACUUGCCUGGCUCGUCACUGAAGAGCAUUUUAGGCCCUUUGGGCAAGACCCUGAUGACUUCAUCGCAGGUGUUUUGCCCCGCCAAAGUUGGAUCAAGACUUUCCAAGAUGCCGGCCUUCAAAUCAUCGGAAGCGAAUGAAGUGGUGACUUCGAGAAGCAGUGGCUCGGAGGGUGCCUUCGAGAAGUGACCCCUGGUACCCC